AACCGGAUACGGAAGCACCCUGUUGUUUUCUGUUGUCUGUGUUCCUCCCCUCUCGCCUCUCUCCAGUUAAAGGAGCUUUACAGGUGAUAAAUGGAGCAUAAACUGAUCGUAGCGGUGUCUGGAUUCCCUUCUCUUUACGACAGCGGCUCUCUGACCUACAGAGACCUGAAUAUGAGAGCUGAAUCCUGGCGGCAGGUCUCUCAGAUCGUCGGUGUUCCCGAGUCUGAGUGCCGGAGGAAGUGGAAGACGUUGAGGGAUCAGCACCGGAGGGAGAGGCAGCGGGAAAAGGAACGUCGAGAGAGCGGCAUCGGGCUCUUUAACUACCGGCCCUGGAGAUACUCGGCCAUCUUGUCCUUCCUGAACCCCUUCAUCGAUGCUCGAGUAGCGGGAACUAACGGCUGGGCUCUGGACCCUCAGCCCUCCAUGUUCAGCUCCUCAGAGACCGGCUGCAGCACCACCACGGAGACACGCAGCGACGACGACAAGCACUACGAUAUCUCUGUAGGCGACGCUACGACCACCACAACUUCGUCUCCUUCCUCUGAAUUCGUGGAGAGGAAACGACCGUCGUCCGACACGGGAGACGACUUCAGAUUCAAAGAAGCCAAGAUGGAGGGCGACGCCGAGAAAAACGAUUGUCCACAAACGCAACAGCAGCAGCACAACAACAUGAAGGAGCUUUUUGAGAUGAUGAUGCAUUCAGUGAGUUCUUUAGCUGCGUCGAUAGCAUCUUCACACCCUUCCUCUUCAUCAACGUUGGAUCAGCCUACCUUGAACCAUCACCUGAAAACGGAGAAUCAGGAGGUGGAGCUUCUGGUGCAGAGCGACGACGAAGGAGAAGAGACAGGGAGCCAGUGUCGAGAGCUCAGAACUGGAGGUGUGUCUCGGGAGGAUCAUCCGAGGGUCAAGAGGAGGGGCGAGGCCCUGCUGGAGGACCAUCUGAGGAGGACGGAGGCCUGCGAGGCUCAAAAAGACGAUGUGACGCUGUUUCUCCUGAGUUUAGCCCCCGCUCUGAGGAGACUGACCCCACAGAAACAGUCCUGGGUCAGAACCAAGAUCCAGCAGUUCCUCCACGAAUCUGAAUUCGGUGCCACCAGCUUUCAGUGAAGUAUAUUCUAUAUGUUUAUAGGCUGUAUGGCCGGGGGGUCUGUUUUCUACGAUUUAAUUUUGAAUCGACCCUUAGCCAAUUAAAAAAGUAUAAUGUAAUAUGGCCCACAAAUGAAACUUCUCUAUUGUAUUUCUUAAAUAUAUAUGUUCAA